AUGAAGCCCAGACCACAGGUUGCCGGUGGUACCGCCUUCUCUCGUGACUGCAAAAUUGGGACGCUUCAGCGCCGCAUGAGGCUGGCAGAAGAUGCGAAUUUCGGCUGCUCCGCCCCGCAUCCCCCCCAGCCGCAUGCUGCUUCUGUAAUCGCCGUGCUAAAAAUUCACGCCGCCAAGCUCGACAUCGAUGUCACCCUGAGGCUGGGCAUCGGCGGCGUUGUCGAGCCGGAGCCGGAACCGGAGCCUCCGACGCGUCAUCACUGCUCCUGGUCAGCAAUGCGAGACCAGGCUAGGAUUCCGGUUGGCGAUGACUGGGAUGGAGAUGACGGGCUGCGGGAUGCGUAA